AUGGCCGCCAAGGAUACAGAGCAGACGGCUUCCAAUACCACACAGCAGACUGCUGGCACUUUUACAUGUGCAGUCUGCGGCUUUUGUGGCACUGGAAGUGAAGAGGAUGAGAAGGAACACAAGGAUACACACGGCGUGUCAUACCCAAGACCUAUCCGGAGGUCCAGCUUCGACAGUGAAUCGGGCCUAUAUAUGAGCCGCUACUGUGAUCGCCUCUUCUCCACUGCUGCGAGUCGUGAUGCCCAUGAGCAGCACCACUUAUAG